AUGUCAAAAAUAAAAGCAGAAUCUUUUUAUAAACAUCAUCAAUAAUUACUUUUCAUUCUUAAUUAACCAUAAUAUUAAACAUUUGAUGCAUUAAUCAUAAAAAAUGGUAAAGAAGAAGGAUCUAAUAAAAAAAAGACAUCAGCUGUUUCCCUUUGGUAUUUUGGAUAUGAUUUUGUUGAUACAAUAACAUUAAUUACAAGAAAAUCUUAUGUUUUAAUAGCAGGAUCAAAAAAAAUUUAAAUGCUUUCUGAAGUACAAAAUGCAGCAGAAUCUAAAUAAUGUAAUUUUUAAUUAAUUGAAAAAGAUCCUUAGGUCAAUAGUAAGAAUAUUGAAAAAUUAUUUUAAUUACUUUCAGACGAUAUUAAGAAAGAUACAAUUUAAAUUGGUAGUAUUUUAAAAGAAUAACAAAGUGGACCUUUUAUGAAAGAAUUCGAUGAAUUUACAAAAAAUAAAAGCAACUUAAAAUUCGUUGAUUGUUCUUCUUUUAUUUAGGAUUGCUUGGGUAUAAAAGAUUAAUAAGAAAUAUCUUAUAUAGGAAAAGCAUCUAAAUUGUCUGUUUAUUUAGAAUCUAGAUUAAUUAAAGAAAUCGAAAAUAUAAUAGAAAAUGAAGAAAAAAAGACACAUUUAUAAAUAUCUUCUAAAAUAGCAGAAUUAAUGGAAAAUGAAAAAGAACUAAAAAAAAUAUAAGAAGAAAUUGGAGGAGAUGUUUAAAGCGCCGAUUUAGCUUAUACCCCAAUAGUAUAAUCAGGAGGAAAAUAUGAUUUAAAACCAUCAGCAGAAUCAAAUAAAGAAAUUUUAUAAUAUGACACUAUUAUUUUAUCUGUAGGAACGAGAUAUAUGGAAUAUCAUUCAAAUAUAGUAAGAACUCUAUUUAUAGAUCCUACUAGUGAUUAAAAGAAAAUUUAUUAAAGACUUUAUGAAUUAUAAAAUUUACUUGCUAUUGAAUUAAAGCCAGGUGUUGCUUUAUGUGAUAUAUAUUAAUAAGCAACAAAAUUUAUAAAGGAAAAAAUACCUUAACUUUAAGAUAAAUUACCAGCUAAUUUUGGAUAUGGAAUUGGAUUAGAAUUUAAUGAGAAAAAUUUAGAAAUAAAUAGUAAAAAUGAGAAAAAAAUAGAAGAAGGAAUGGUAUUUAAUGUUACAGUUGGAUUCGAUAAUUUAGAAAAUGAAAAAAGUAAAAAAUAUGCAAUUUAGCUUUCGGAUACUGUGGCAAUUAGAAACGCUUAAAUGAGAAAUGCAGUUAUGACUUACAAAGUUUCUAGAAAAUACGAAGAUGUAUCUUAUAGUAUUCAAGACGAAGAUUAAGAUGAAGAAGAACAAGAAGAUGACUUGGAAAAGGAAAAUAUAAUUAGUGAUGGACGUAGAACUAGAAAUGCCUAUCAUAAAAAUAAAACUAUUGUAUCGGAAAAAGAAAGAAUGGUUCAUUAAUUAGAAUUAAGAGAGAAAAAACUUGAUGAAUUAAAAAAAAGAUUGUCAAAUAAUAAUUUUUUUAGUUCUAAAACUAACUAGAAAAAUUUUGAUUUUGAAAAAAUUUAAUGCUUUAAAUAAAUUGAUGAUAUACCUAAAGAUUUUAAGAAAAAUCAAAUACAUAUUGAUAUAAAGCAUGAAUGUAUAUUAUUACCUAUUAAUGGAGAAUUAGUUCCAUUCCAUAUUUCCUUAAUAAAAAAUUAUUAAAAAAUUGAUGAAGGAAAAACAUAUACAUUAAGACUAAAUUUUCAUAAUAUUAGUGGUGGAAAUCUAUCUAAUAUUUAGUUUCCUAAAAAUGAAGCAUAAUCAAUAUAUAUUAAAGAGUUAAGUUUUCGUUCAAAAAACAGUAAGAAUUUAUAAGAAAUAAUGAAGAAAAUAAAAGAUUUAUAAACUAAAAUUAAAUAAAAUGAAUAAGAUUAAAAACAAAGAGAAGAUAUUAUCGAAUAGGAAAAACUUUAAAUUAGAUAAACAAAAAGACCUGCUUUACAUAAUCUUAAAAUGAGACCAACUAUUUCUAAAUAAAAAUAAACAGGAGUAUUAGAAUUACAUUUAAAUGGUUUUAGAUAUACUACAAGAAAUGAAAAAGUUGAUCUGGUAUUUAGUAAUAUUAAGCAUGCAUUCUUUUAACCUUGUGAUAAUGAAAUGAUCGUUGCUUUGCAUUUCCAUUUACAUCAUCCUUUAAUAAUCGGAAAAAAAAAAACUAAUGAUGUUUAAUUUUAUAUGGAAGCUGGUUUACCACCAGAGGAUUUAAAUGUAGAAACAUAAAUUGGAAAUAAAAUUUCAUUCGAAGUUCCUUAUUCAAAUUUAGGAUUUCAUGGAUCUGCUUAUAGAUCUACUUGUCUUUUCUAACCUACUGAAAAUACUCUUAUGAAUAUUAUUGAAACUCCAUUUUUUGUUAUGUCUUUAGAAGAUGUUGAAUUAGCUUGUUUUGAGAGAAUGAUUGGAAGUUUAAGGAAUUUUGAUCUUGUAUUUAUUUUCAAAGAUUACGAAAAAGCAGUUACAAGAAUAGUUUCUAUUCCAAUGGAAAAUGCUGAUAAUAUAAAAAGUUGGUUAAAUAGUUAGGAUAUUUUAUAUUUUGAAUCUACUAAAAAUUUCGCAUUGGUAAAUAUUUUGAAAACUAUUAGAGCAGAUAUCUAAGGAUUUGUAGAAGAUGGAGGAUGGAAUAUUUUACUAGGAGAGUCGGAUAAUGAAGAAGAAAAUGAAUAAGAAUUGGACGAUGAAUCAUUUAAUAUUAGUGGUGAUGAAGAAGAAUACGAAAGUGAUGAUGAUUUUUCAGAUAGUGAUGAUGACUAUACUGAAGAUAGUGAAGAUGACUUUACUGGAGAUGAAGAUUUAAGUGAAGAAGGGUUAGAUUCAGAAGAUAUGGAAGAAGAAUUCGAAAGGGAAGAAAGAUAAAAAAGAAAUAAUAUGGCACAAAAAAAUAACCUACUAAUAAUAAAAAUAAUAAAGGACAAGUAGCACGGUAAUAAUAACCUUAAAAAAGAAGGUGAAAAAGAAACAAAAAUUAAAAUUUUUUUAAUUGUUAAUUUUUAUGUUUAUUGA